AUGGAAAGCGAUAAAGAAGAGCCAAUGGUUUUCUUGGAUCGUACAACCCGAGCCACACGGGGUAAACGGAUGACCAAGUUGCUUGAUGACGAAGUAGAAGAGGAUGAACAGUUUUGGAAUCAAGAAGCUCUUAAAGAGGAAGAACAUGAUGAUAACUAUGAAGCAGAAGCUGAAAUUGCUGAUGAGUUUGACAGUGACUUCAAUGACGAUGAGCCUGAGCCUGAAGCAGCAGCAGAGAAUGAAAAAGAAUUGAGGGAUUUGCCAAAGAAGCGGCUGAUUUACCCUGGUAAAACUGUUUCAAAGAAAAAGAAGAAGAAGAAGAAGUUAGUUUCGAAACUAGAAGAUGCUCCUGAAGGGGAGAAGCCAGUUGAAGAAGAACUGGAAGAGAAGGAACAAGAGGAAAAAGAACAGAAUGAAGAAGAUAUGGAAGGUGAGAAAGUCAUUAGAAAAUCUACUCGGACUUCAGUGAUUGUGCGGCAAGCUGAAAGAGAUGCAUUGCGUGCUGCUAUACAGGCGACAACAAAGCCAAUACAAAGGAAGAAAGUAGGGGAGGAGAAACGGAUGACGCAAGAAGAAAUGCUGCUGGAAGCUGCUCAAACAGAAAUCAUGAACUUGAGGAAUUUAGAACGUGUCUUGGCAAGGGAGGAAGAAGUGAAAAAGAAGGCGAUUGUGCAUAAGGAGGUCUACAAGGGUCCUCAGGUUCGGUAUCUUUCAAAAGAUGGAUGCAACUAUUUGGAGUUCUGUAAUGGUGCAUCAUUCAAUUCAGAGAUCUCAACGAAGUCUGUUCCAUAUCCAGAAAAGGCUGUGUGUGUGAUUACUGGAUUACCUGCAAAGUACCGAGAUCCAAAAACUGGUCUUCCUUAUGCUACUAGAGACGCCUUCAAAGAAAUAAGAGAAAGGUUCAUGGACGAACACAAUGGUUUGAGAAAGAAAAUGGAGAUGGGAGAUUUGUUUGACACACUUGUCUCGAAAGGAUUUGCUGUAAAACAAAAGCGAACAAAGAUCCCCAAGAAAGACAGAUCAUUUUCCCUCAGAAACCCCGCUCGUUUCUCCAUGUUGGAGUCUCCAGAGGAGAGUGAAGAAGAUUCAGAUUCAGAUUAA